AUGACAUCCUUAGCACGGGCACUCUCACAGCCGACUUUAGACCUGUUCGAAACCAACGACAUCAGCCCUUCGCGGAGUGCUCAGGUGCAUGCGUCCCGCAGGAGAAAGUUGUCCAGCUGCAGCUCCUUCGACCACAUUGAACCGGCCACUUCACCUGGGUCCGCCGAAGCGCGGGUCCUGGUCAUCAACACUGGAGGAACCAUCGGCAUGACACUCUACGACAAUGUGCUUGCCCCCAAACCCAAAGCAUUUGUAAAAGGCCUCCGUAAACUUCCUAUUCUCCACGAUGAGUUGUAUGCCCAGCAGACCUGUAUGUACCAAUACUAUGGCGAUAACUCACUGGUUCUACCGAAGCCAACGCCACAAUUGGGCAUUGCUGGGCCUGUGUUAAGCGGGUCGAGUAAAGACAGUAAGAGGAUAGUCUACACAAUAAUGGAGUACAGUCCCCUUUUGGACUCUUCGAACAUGACCACAGAUGACUGGGGUAGAAUUGGCAAGGACAUCGAGAAAAAUUAUGAGAGCUAUGACGGUUUUGUGAUUCUGCACGGAACAGACACAAUGGCUUACACAGCUUCAGCUCUGUCCUUUAUGUGUGAGAAUCUGGGAAAACCUAUUAUUCUCACGGGGUCGCAGGUGCCCAUCUAUGAACUCCGAAAUGAUGGCAGAGACAACCUCCUGGGGGCGCUGUUGAUUGCAGGACAAUUUGUAAUUCCUGAGGUGGGUUUAUAUUUCCAUAACAAACUGUACAGAGGCAACCGCGUAACAAAAGUGGAUACCGCAAGCUUUAAUGCAUUCGCUUCUCCCAACCUGGCUCCCCUGGCCAGUGCUGAAGUGGACAUCACAAUUAACUGGGACACGGUAUGGAGAGCCAACACCACGUCAAAGUUCCGCGUGAGCACGGAGCUGAACCGGAAUGUGGGGCUACUGCGGCUGUUUCCGGGCAUCACUGCAGCGACUGUUCGAGCUUUCCUCCAGCCUCCGAUGCAGGGAGUGGUGCUGGAGACGUACGGCAGCGGGAACGCUCCGGACAACCGCAAGGAUCUACUGGAGGAGCUGAAGAAGGCCACCGAUUCUGGGGUCAUCAUCAUUAACUGUACACAGUGCCUCAGGGGAACCGUGUCGACGUCGUACGCAACGGGGAAAGUGUUGAUAGACGCUGGACUGAUAGUUGGUGGUGACAUGACCCCUGAAGCUGCGCUCUCAAAGCUGUCCUAUGUGCUGGCAAAGAAAGAGCUGGAUCUAGAUGCAAAGAAAAAGAUGAUGAGUCAGAACCUCCGAGGCGAGAUGAGGGCUGAUAUUGUUGGAGCCAAGUUGUGUCUGAGCGACAGCCGCUUCAUCCAGGUCAUCGCCAAAUCUCUGAGCAUCAGCUGCAAAGAGGAGCUGGAAGCCAUACGUGAUGCCCUGACUCCCCCACUGGCCUGUGCUGCUGCUAAGAUCGGGGACGUCGAAGCACUUGAAGCCUUAAGAGAAAUGGGCAGUAAUCUGUCUUUAGGAGACUAUGACGGACGCACUCCUCUCCACGUGGCGUGUUGUGAGGGCCAUUUCAAAACGGUGCAAUACCUGCUGAGCCACGGGGCCACGGUGUACGCUAAAGAUCGCUAUGGGGCCACUCCCCUGUGUAAUGCCGUACACUUUCGACACAAAGAAGUGGUGAGGCUACUGAGGAAGACCGGAGCACACUUCUCUCGCGACCAGCUGGACGAGGCAGGCGGCGAGUUGUGCAGCCUGGCUGUGAGCGGCGACUUGGAGGGUCUAGAAAUCUGGAGCCUUGCCGGUGCGGACCUUAACAAACCAGGAUAUGACGGACAGAAUGCCAUUCAAGUGGCACAGUCGUUUGGCCAAAAAGAAGUGGUAGCAAUUUUAGUCCAGCUCAUGAGCAAUAGAACCAAGACAGUUUAUGGUGACUUUAGUGAAUAUGAUGAAUUUGAUAAUGAGGACGAGAAAGGGAUCGAGUUCACUGCCCCCGCAUCUGGACCGUAA